AGAUAUCUGUCCCCGUUUUCAUUGGAGAAGGCCUUUUGUAUUGCUCAAUUACCAAAUUUCCCAUGAGCCGGUAGAGUACAGGUUUUCAAAAGACUCAUCAGGGGCCUGUCACCGUCUGAGGUAAAAGAAUCCGGAAAGACAAGGACUUUAGUUGGAGUUGAUGAUGCUCCCGUUCCCUCUCCUCACAGUACUCUUGGUGCAGCACAGUCAAGCCCAUGUUCAAUAAACAUAAAUCUUCUCCAUGGAUGAAUGCCUGAAAACACGUGUUCUAUCAAUUGCUCUGUAAUCCAGUAACUUUCCUCAGAUGUUUGUCCAAAUGGCCCAACUGCUGCUGUACCAACUUAAAGAGACAAAACUCCGGACAGUAGAGCAGCCAGCAUGUGGAUGUGAGAGCUGCGUGUUGGUUUGAGUGGGUUCUCCAGCAAUGCCCAGCACAGACGAAUAAGCAGCAAGCGCCCCUUCAGAAGCAGUUUGACUGGCCCAGCUGGACAAAGGGCCAAAUUCUAGACUGUAGAUUUCAGCUCAAGUGACUAAUGCUGAUGAUUCAUGGAAAGGGAAGAACCAACCCUGAUUUCAUAAUUAUUGGAGCAAGAAAGGGAUCAGAGCAAAUGGUGUGAAAUCGCCAUUUGUGUAGAACAAUGUUAGUCUUUCCAAAUGAUUCGACCUUAAUGGUUAUAUUAAAUCUUUGAUCAUCUGGGCAACACAUUCUGGUAAGAUACAAAUUGUCACAAGGCGUGACAUACUAUGAAGAAGAGUGUGACAUCGACUUCCCCUCAUCUUCCCUGUUCUGAGUUACUGACUUCACAUCUGUCAACAGACAUCCCUCUAUAGUGAAGUGUCAUUUUAGAAACCCAGCUAAGUGCCGGGCAUGACUUAUACCCGUAGAGGCACCAGAUGGGUCCCAUGGAGAAUGAAAUUGUGGUGUCCUUGGCCAGCAGGGACCCACUCUCUGAGAUAUUUUCGUUUGGCUGUUUCGGAUCCUGGUCCCGGAGUCCCUGAAUUUAUCUCUGUUGGGUAUGUGGACUCACACGCUAUCACUACAUACGACAGCGUCACUCGAAAGAAGGAGCCAAGGGCUCCAUGGAUGGCAGAGAACCUGGCACCUGAUCACUGGGAGAGGUACACUCAGCUGCUGAGGAGCUGGCAGCAGACAUUCACAGUGGAGCUGAAGCAUCUACAGAGGCAUUACAACCACUCAGGGCUUCACACUUACCAGAGAAUGAUUGGCUGUGAGUUGCUGGAAGAUGGUAGCACCACAGGGUUUCUCCAAUACGCAUACGAUGGGCAAGACUUCAUCAUCUUCAAUAAAGACACCCUCUCCUGGGUGGCUGUAGAUAAUGUGGCUCACAUAACCAAGCGGGCAUGGGAUGCCAAUCUGCAUGAGUUGCAAUACCAAAAGAACUGGCUGGAAGAGGAAUGCAUUGCCUGGCUGAAGAGGUUCUUGGAGUAUGGAAAAGAUACCCUAGAAAGAACAGAGCCUCCCGUGGUAAGAACGAGUCGGAAGGAAACUUUCCCAGGGACUACAACGCUCUUCUGCAGAGCUCAUGGCUUCUACCCACCGGAAAUUUCCAUGACGUGGAUGAAAAAUGGGGAAGACAUUGCCCAAGAAGUGGAUUAUGGAGCCGUGCUUCCCAGUGGGGAUGGAACCUAUCAAAUGUGGGUGUCCGUUGAUCUGGACCCGCAGAGCAAAGACAUUUAUUCUUGUCAUGUGGAGCACUGUGGCCUCCAAAUGGUUCUUCAGGCCCCUCAGGAAUCAGGAAGCAUUCUUCUAGUGGUGAACACGGUCUCUGGGACCAUAAUCCUCACCAUUGUCCUGGCUGGAGUUGGUGUUCUGACCUGGAGAAGGUUCCGGCGUGAGAGGCAUGACGGACUGUAGAGGCUGCUUGUGGUCCCCCUGCUGCGGCUCCCGAGACUUCGGUUCACUGUAUCUGCCACAGCAAAAAGAAGUCAUCUACCAUCCCACACGAGCCAAUGAGAGCAGCUCUCUCUCUCAGGAGCCAUGAUCUCUGCUCUCAGGCAGCCAUGUGUCUGUGGUCGGAAGUCUCGACCAUACUCCUGGCACAGUGGGGAUUGGAGAAUUGAGCAUUUGUGAUAAGAAGACAGGAGCUACACAUUUUUCUUUGUUCUUUGGCUCCUGAAGAGCUGUCAGUGUUCAGGCUCUUUAUGGACCCCUUUAUCACAGCCGACUUCAAAUACAGUCUGUCUCAUGACCCAAUACUUCCCAACAUCUUAUUUCUCCAUGGUGAUUUACAAGUAGAUUACGGAGUCUCAGAGCUGCAAGGAACUCUCUCAUCCUAGCAGGAGAUGUCUUCCUAUAAUGCUAUGGACUUGGGCAUCCAGCCUUCACUUGACACCAUGUGAGGGUACCCUAUUCCACCACAAACAGCCAUUCCUGCUCCUCUUCUCUCGUGAGAAUGUUUACCAUGUAAGAACUUUGACUAUCAUGGCUAUCAUGACUGUGUGUGAAUCUAUAAGUAGGGUUGGACCAGCCCAUGAAAACAGCCACCAACUUUCUACAACAGCCUGUGAAUGGACUAGUCAUUAAACACAUAUUAUGGCCCAAGAGGAAACAGAAGCAGCCUGUUCAUGGCAGCUCUGCCAGAUAGCUUGGCAUAUUGGAAGUGUGUCUAGCUGGGUCUAUGGCAAUGGCUUCACUUUUACUGCUUCUGUGAGAAAUUAGAACAAUAAUUUAUCAAGCUGAAUGUGCUGGGACUCCUCAGGAAGCUGAGGCAGGUGGACUGUAUGUUUGGGGCUAGCUUUAGCUACUCAAUGCAACUCUAUUUAAAAAAAAAACAAAAAACAAAACCAAAAAAGCCUUAACUGACUCCUGAAAGUUGUCCUCUGACCUCCACAUGAGUGCCAUGGC